CUUGGAGCACACGAUGGUGGACCCGACAAGCGGGAGCCCGCCGCGGCCGUUCCGGUCGAAGGUCAUCGAAGAGCUGACGCGGAGACACGACCUGAGCAACGACUUGACCCCGUCCGUGUGUUUUCAAGUUCUCCAGUCGUUGCUCCCGUCCUCGCUUGUCGUCACCAUGUGUGCCGAAAUGAACCGCUUCAUCUACAAAUCCCCGCACGACGAUGACAACAAUCACACAUCGAAUACCGCCAGCAACCCCAAGACGCUCUCUGAAGGCGCUCAAGUCCCACACAAGGACUUGUACUUAGGUCUCUUGGCCCACGUGGAAGACAAAGAGCAGCUGUGCGCCGGCCUUCGACGCCAAUUGCGCGAAAAAAGGCACCAAAAUAACACGCUUGCAGGCGAAAUCGCCAAGUACCAAGGCUUGGUUGAGGAGCACUUUGCAGCGUUCAACGAGCAAGCGUGUUUGAAUGCGAUAGCAACUCUCAAGCACCGCCGCGUUUUGCGCGAGCGCCAGUGCACUGGGCUGAUGAAAGCAAUCGAUGAAAAGCAAGACCGACUCAUGGAGCAGGAAAAGCGCAUCAAGGAAGAGCUCCAUCGCCUUCGAAUGGACGACUGCGCCUAUCGAUUGAACGCAAAAAAGUUCAAGGAGAACCAGCAAAUGCUAGCAUCGAUGCAAGUCCAGCAACGACCAGAAUGGACAAUGCCUUCGGAAAGCGAGCUCAAAAGCCAGAUCAAAUUGCUCCAAGCAGACAUUGCAGUCAAACACCCCAAGCUCCACGACCUGUCGACGCAAAUCUUCGCAGUGCGGUUUACUCGAGCAGGAUUGGAAAGUCAAUUGCGUGAUGUGGAGAGCAAAACGGAAGCAAUUCAAGCAAGGGUGGCGGCGUACCAGAUGAGUCACACGCCGCGCCCGAACUGGGAGGAAGUCCGAAAAGAAGUCGAGUCCACAUUUCGAUGCCACAACAUGGCGGGGGAAGCCAACGUCUCGACGACAGAGCUCAUGAAACUGCAAUCCUCGGGGAAUCGAGUCGAGUACUUGGCCACAGCCAUCGAGCUCAUCGGGCUGUCCCAAGAUACUGACGCAAUCGAUCGAGAAAAGCGAGUGCUGCACCACCUCCAUGUUCAGAUUCGAAAGAUCGCGGGUCUGAUUGCGACUCGACGCCAAAGCAUCACUGCUUCGUCGCAGAUGCUCGUCAAAUUGAGUGCACACAACUCCGUGGGUGAAGCAACAUCACCUCGUUCUGUCAGUCCUGCGAAACUCUCGAAGGCAUUAUGAUUCCUUACGACUUGGGUUUCGACAGAUGUAACACGAACACGUUGUCGCUUCUGCACAUCGCACGUCGCUCUUGCGCGAGUUUGUCGAGCUCUGCCUUGAUAUCCGUGAUCUCACCGAGAUUAUCUUGUACGCAUUUGAGCAACUCUGCCAUUUUGAGCCCCGGUUUCUUCUUCGCUGCCGUCUUCCGCUUCGCCGCGCUCUCUUUCCUUGGCGCCAU